GGGAUGGGGGGGUUAUGGCGCGGGCGAAGGAGGCGGCGAGGCGCGCGGCGAGGGGGUUUGAGGGGGAGGAGCCGGAUGCGUUUACGAAGAUUUCGGGGGCUAUGGUGUGAGUGAGGGGUUUGGCGGCAGGUUUGGGAGACUCAAAAGUUGUGUUUGUUUCGUCCUGCACCGAGGAGGAGGAGGGGCGCUUUUCUUGCGUCGACCGUUCUGGGUGGAAUCAGCAGUUAUCCGGGUACCAGCACCGUUCUGUUGACGAAGGGCCACCUGGUUUCAGUAAGGGAAGACAUCCUAUUACUUCGUACUAUUUGAUCUUUUAUCUGUUAUUAAUUAAGUGGGUGGUAGUUCUAGGUACCGGUCGUUUUCUGAAUGGGUCAAGAUUUGCAGUCAAUACUCAUCUACGAAUGGCCAAGGCCGAGUCAACGGAGUGGCCGACGUUGGAGACAAGCUUGGUUGGAGAAGCAUGACCUAUGGAUGCUCUGGCUGGCCUAGCAUGGUUACACUGCGCAGUCACGGCAGAGAUUCGCAUGCCGAUCUACCACACCAACUUCUCGGACGUCGCGAGGCUGUCGAGCGGCGAAAUGGAGGAAGAAAAAUCGGACCAUGGCGGCGGGCCCGACAAUAUUGAAAUGGGCGGGCCUCGGUAUGCAGACAGGAAGCUCCGGUGGACCGGUUGCAGUGGAAGGAUGGGCAAACCCUGAACUUGGCGCUGUAACUCGCUCGGCGGUGGUCGUAUUCCGUCGGCGAGAGGCUGCAAUGGAACGCUCAAAAUCUGCACACCCGACGGGAAACAACGACCCACAGCCCCGCUAUCGGUCUCAGGUGUCACGCGCCCUCAAUAAACCAAC